AUGUUGAAAAAUACAACUAUAUCAGAAUCUGAUUCUAUACUUUUAGAUGAUGAUGAAUGUAAUGAUAAUUUAGAAUUUACACAAAGUGAUGAUCAUGAUCACAGUUAUAUUGGAACUUAUUUAAAAUUAUCUCCAUUUAUUGCUGGUGUGACAGACUAUACUUCGGGUUUUAUUGCAAAAAAGGUCGCCAAAAAAAUUAACUGUGAUAUAUGUAAAACAUAUUUAAUAGAUAACUCCAAUAAUAGCAUUUUAAUUAAAUUAAAAGAUAGAAAUAAUGCAUUAGUGAAACCAAGCAAAGAUGUAUCAUAUAUAUGUAAAGUUAUCGAAAAUAAAAUAAAAUGCAAAGAUUUGAAAUACAUAUUUGCUAAAAAUUUCAUGAAUAAGAUUUAUUUAGAAACAAAAAGAGAGGUGUAUGGGUCUGUAUUUAGUGGGAUGGAUAAUCAUGUUAGUGGCCAGUCAUUGUUUACUAAUCAUAGGGAUGAACUGUUAACAUUAAUUAUAAGUUCGUAUGUACACCUUAAAUUAAAAAGCAUUGGUAAACAACAAGAAAAAAUGCAUUUAGGUACUAGGAAAAAACUUACUAGUCCAGUCAAGGAAUGA